AAACGUUGAACCUCUUGGCCAGUAAUCAGAAUCUCUAACUCUCGGGAUACUCCCUGGCCUUUCCCCCACCCUCAGCUCCCUUAUCCUUUUCCUAAUCCGACCACUCUCUCUCUCUCUCUCUCUCUCUCUCUCUCUCCGCGUUCCAAGGAGAAGUGGAGGAGGACGAGGGCGACUGAUAAUCUCGUGCAAUUGGGAUUCAGAAGCAGGUGCGAAGCGAAGCACCAAAUGGCAUUCUUGUUGCCGCAGUUUAAGAGCUCUGUCGCCGCUUUAGACGCCCACUUGCGAUUCUCUGACCACACUCUUCACUUGAAUGCUAGGGUCCAUAUUCAUUUCAAGACACGCUGUUCUUCAUCCCAAAGAAUGGCGGUAAUUGAAAAGCUCCAUCUAUCUGCUCUGGAAGCUCAAUUGAAGUCAUUAGCAUCUACAAAACCCUUGACAUAUAUAGGGGUUGUUGGUCCACCUGGAAAGGGAGAAAUUACAGAGACCUUGCCUAGAGAAGCAUUUCUUACAAGCCAAGAGGCUGUAAUAGCUGCAGCUUCUUCCGAGGCAAUUGCUCUUGCAAAAGCAGCAGUUGAAGCUGCCAAAGAAGCUGCGCAGUUAUUGGAUGGUGACCCAUGUUUGGAAUCGGACAGAUCAAAAGAUUAUGCAGCUGGUGAUGAAAAAUUUAGGGAUGAGGUAAAAAGUUCAUCUCAAGAUUUGAACAUUUCUGAUUUAAUGACAAAUGAGCUCGAUUUCAUGCAAAACAUAGCUGUGCGAUCUAAACGUCAAGUAGAGAGAAGGGCAAAAAGAGCUAAAGUGGCUGCAGAGGCUAACAUUCCACUUGCUUCUGUUAGGUCAGGAUCAUCUGGAAAGAAAAAGCGUGGUGCAUUGCAGGAGAUUGAUUAUUCUGAUCCUUUACAUUACCUUAGAGGUACAACAAGCUCAGCAAAGCUUCUCACAUCUGCUGAAGAGCAAGAGUAUUCAGAAGGAAUUCAGGAAUUGCUAAAGCUUGAGAGAAUCCAAGAGGAGCUUUUAGGAAGGUUUGACCGCCAACCAACUUCUUUUGAGUGGGCAGCAGCAGCUGGACUCGAUACAAAAACUCUUAGGCAGCGCCUAAACUAUGGAACUCAUUGCAAGGACAGGAUGAUCAAAAGCAACAUAAGGCUUGUUAUUUCGAUUGCAAAAAAUUUUCAAGGUGCAGGGAUGAGCAUCCAAGAUCUUGUUCAGGAGGGAUGUCGUGGAUUGUUAAGGGGUGCUGAGAAGUUUGACGCUUCAAAAGGAUUUAAAUUUUCUACAUAUGCACAUUGGUGGAUUAGACAAUUUGUUCGAAAAUCUCUUUCUGAUCAAUCUAGAACAAUACGGUUACCGUUUCAUAUGGUGGAGGCAAGUUAUCGAGUCCGAGAAGCAAGAAAGCAGCUCUAUAUUGAGAAUGGAAAGCAUCCUGAGAACGAGAAAGUGGCAGAGGCGGCUGGGCUGACCAUGAAGAGGUUUACAGCAGUCAUGCUCGCCCCUAAAGCCCCCAUUUCCUUGGAUCAGAAGAUCGGAAUAAACGAAUCUCUAAAACCUUCGGAAAUAGUAUCAGAUCCAGAUGCAUCAACGCCAGAGGAGAUACUUGCAAGACAAUUCAUGAAGGAGGAUCUGAACAAAACUCUUGAUUGCUUGAACCAGAGGGAGAGGAAAGUGGUGCGAUGGAGGUUCGGAAUGGAGGAUGGGAGGAUGAAGACGCUGCAGGAGAUCGGAGAGCUUAUGGGUGUUAGCAGAGAGAGAAUCCGGCAGAUUGAAUCCUGUGCCUUCAGGAAACUGAAGACCAAGAAGAGAACUAAGAAUUUAAGACAAUAUAUGUGCUUGUAAAUCUUAAUUUUUUCUUAAACUUGUUGUAUCAUUACCAUCUGAAAAAAAAGCCAAUAUUUUUUAACUGCAAGGAGGCAUAUUGCGUUUUAGUUUUA